CUGCUUCCGUCUGUCGGCGUUUUCAUUUUGGCAAACAAACUCUCGAAAUUGUGGUUAGGCUAUUUCUGAACAGGCGUUGCCCCACGAAACAAAAGACUAGUGGGGGAUUGACAGGCCCGCAACAUUUGUUUUGACAGAAUAUUCGAAAUCUGCGAAUAAUGUUCAAGUUUAUAAAGGGGAAGGGGCCCCAUCAAACUGCCGAAAGACAGAGGCUCCAGAAGGAAUUAUAUUCCUAUAGAAGGACUCUUCAACAUGGCUUUCCCCACAAACCGACCUCAAUGGCAUGGGACCCCACAUUGCGUCUGUUGUGUCUCGGUACGGCAACUGGUGCCAUUAAGGUAUUUGGCAGACCUGGGGUUGAAUUUUACGGCCAACAUCAAAACCCCAUUGCCGUUACCAGAUUGGUGUUCCUUCCGUCGAAAGGGCGCAUUAUCAGUUUGCAAGAUGACAAUUCGUUGCACUUGUGGGAGGUUAAUAAAAGCUCGUUGGUGGAAGUUAAAUCUCAAGCACUCGAAGGAAAAUUGAAAAAAAUAAGCACGAUGUGUUUGGAGUCUGUAGGCAAACAUUUACUGCUUGGUACCGAAGGAGGCAACAUAUAUCUAUUAGAUCUCGGUACCUUCACUAUGACUCCCGAUAUAAUUUAUCAGGAUGUGGUGAUGCAAAACGUACCGCAAGACUACAAAUUAAACCCUGGAGCUGUGGAAUCCAUAAUCGAACAGCCACAGCAACCCAACAACAUCCUCAUAGGAUACAACAGGGGUUUGAUAGUAUUGUGGAACAGAUCGGACAAUGCCGCUUUGAAAACUUUCAUUUCCAAUCAGCAGUUAGAAAGUUUGUGUUGGAAGAACGAACAGUUCUUUGUCAGUUCGCAUAACGACGGUAGCUACAUGGAAUGGGAUGCUAAUCAGUCGGAAAAUCCGUGCGGUGAUCCCGUCACCACUUACGGUCCUUACCCUUGCAGAGCCAUUCCCAAAAUAAUUAUUCGAGAGUUGGAGGAGAAGGAGUUGAUUGUAUUUUCUGGUGGUAUGCCCAGAUCGAAUUAUAGCGACAAGUACACCGUGUCAGUUAUACAUGGGGACAAUCACGUGGCGUUGGACUUUACUAGCAAAGUGAUUGACUUUGUUGUGGUACACUCGAGAACCACACCAGAACAUGAAGAAGAAGAAUUGGAGAAUCAAGAAAAUGAAAACGGUGUUGAUGGAAAUGCCACCAGAGGUCAACCGGAAGCUUUGAUAGUUCUAGCAGAAGAAGAACUGGUUGCUAUUGACUUGCUUAGCAAAAACUGGAAGAUGUUAAACUUGCCAUAUUUGGUUGCAAUACAUUCCUCGGCUGUCACUUGUAGUCAAUACGUGUCAGCUAUUCCCGAAGAGCUUUGGGGCCACUUAAAAGAUGCAGGCAGGGCCCAGACCAGUCAUCUGUAUUCGGAUCGGUCCUGGCCCAUAGACGGCGGUAAAUUGUUGUGUUCGAAGGGCACGAAACCGAAACGGGAGCUUUUGUUAACCGGACACGAAGACGGUACCGUUCGGUUUUGGGAUGCGGGUGGUGUGACAUUGACGCCAAUUUAUAAAUUUAGUACAUCGGCAUUUUUCACCGGUGAUGAUCUAGAAGAACCACCUCCGAGCCAAGAUCCGGAAGACCAACAAGAAGAAGAAUGGCCUCCGUUCAGAAAAACGGGCGUCUUUGACCCUUACUCGGAUGACCCGCGAUUAGCUGUAAAACGCGUCGUGAUGUGUCCUUUAUCGGGGACCCUGGUUGUGGCCGGUACCGCUGGCCAAGUGAUAAUCGCUAAAUUCGACACCGAAGUUUUGGAUGGCCCGCUAAAAGUAGUUACUAUGAAUAUAGUAAACGACGUGGACGGGUUCGUUUGGAAGGGACACAAUCAAUUGGCACCUAAAACCGGUAACGUGCAUCAAGUGAGAGGCUUCCAAGCAACCGCUCUCUUACAGCUGCAUCCACCGGCGGCGGUAACGGCGUGCGUUUUGCAAGCCGACUGGGGUUUGGUAGCUGCCGGUACUGCCCACGGACUGGCACUUUUAGAUUAUCUUAAGAACAAACCUAUCGUGGUCAAGUGUACACUUAAUCCAAAUGAUCUCACCGGCCACGGUGACGCGCCGAUAUCUCGCCGAAAAUCGUUCAAAAAGUCACUCAGGGAAUCGUUCAGGCGACUUAGAAAAGGUAGAUCGACCCGUCGCAACCCCAGCAAGGACGAUAAGCAGCCGACCCCGCCCGCGAAUUCGCCACCCGCGCGCAAAAUUCCCACUUCCGAGGAAGGAGAUUUUAAUCCAUUGGACGCCAAACCGGUCGAGAGGCAGAUAGAGGCCCGACCCGCCGACGAUUCGAUGGGCUCCUUCGUUCGGUGUUUGUAUUUCGCCCGGACCUUCCUUAUUAACUUACAAAACACAAAUCCCACCUUAUGGGCGGGAACCAAUAACGGUACCGUCUAUGCUUUCACGAUAAUAGUACCAUCUGCAUCGAAAAGAGAAACGGACGACGUAACUUGUCACUUGGCGAAAGAAAUCCAAUUAAAGCACAGAGCGCCGGUUAUAGGAAUUGCCGUGUUGGACGGGUCGAACAAACCACUGCCAGAACCCCUAGAAGUUGAAAAGGGAGUUUCUCCACUUCCGGACACCACUCAAGCCCACAGGGUGGUAAUAGCUUCCGAGGAGCAAUUUAAAAUUUUCACGCUGCCAUCUCUUAAGCCUUAUUGUAAAUAUAAACUUACUGCUCACGAAGGUGCCAGAGUAAGGAGGAUGGCGUUCGCAAAUUUCGCUUGCUAUUUGGAAGAAUUGAAACAUUCUGAAGUCGACCUUCUGUGCCUUACGAAUAUGGGCGAUUGUUUAGUACUAACCAUUCCGGAUUUGAAGCGGCAAUUAAACGCCGCGGCGAUUAAACGGGAGGAUAUUAACGGUAUAUCUUCCUUGGUCUUCACAAGGGACGCUCAAGCGUUGUAUCUCCAUUCCUCCUCUGAAAUUCAAAGGAUAUCUCUGUCGACGACCGCCGUCACUUCCGCUAGAUGUUACUUACCAUUGCCGGUCGGUGCGCGAGAAGACACCGCGUCGGAAGGACGUAGCGAGCAUGAAAUAAACACGGAGGAAGCUAGCGAAGUCGUCGCGAAUGGCGGCGUCGAAAAUAAGGAAAACGGUCCGAUAGAAAAGAUUGAAGAGGGGCGGGAGAAUGGUGAAGACACGCCCCACAACGUAACGGUGUCGAGUAGCGUGGGCGAUAUAACGAUAGAUAGCGUAAAGGAUCAUUUGGGCACUUCAGGUGAGGAAUUAAGUAGGCGAUUGACUACAGGUUUGCACGUGACGAAAACAGUUACGACAAUCAUCAGUAGUAAUAGUCAGGGCGAGGUUUCCAGCAGCACAGUCACAGAACGGACAGUGACAAAUGCUGAGCAGGAGAACAUUGUAGAGAAUCACAGCCCUGGGACUGGAACAAGUUUGGAGACUAAAAAAAUCCACGCUAGUGAAGUAUUGUUGCGUGCGCCAUUGGCAUUGGCCGAAGAAGACACAGAUUGCAACCACACCAGUGAUGAGUAACAAUAAAUUUGCCAUAUCUGAACGUGAUCAGUAUUUCGCGUUAGCUCCUUACUUUCAGUUGACUCACGCAAAACUCUCGCAUCUAUCUUUUUGUAAAUAAUAUUCCCCGAAGUAUUGUUAAUGUACUUAGUUAAGCGUAAGCAAAUCGGGACCAUUCAUAUUUUUGUAAACCUUUUUGUAUCAGUUAAUUCGAAAUACUGUUCAGUUUGUGUUUAACUGUAGUCGGUAAAUAUAUUUUUAUUGUAGUUGAAACUAAGUCUUCACACUGGGUUUGUGUAUAAUAGGAAUUUGUACCUCUUGAAUAGGAAACACUACAUUAAUGCAGAAAUUGCUUUUUCAUGUAGUGAUAAACAAGAAACUAAGAUGCAUUUGCGGCACAAUAAAAAUUGUUAUACUAUAAAGUAAGAGGUUUUUCUGAACACAUUUAUAUUUAUAUUUCCACAGUGUUUCGCUGAUUUUUUUUUAAAUUAUUAUUUUUUUUAUCCAUUUUUAUUGUUAGUGUUAGUUUAAAUCCAGAUUUUGUAUUUUCCAUGAUUUGUUAAAAUUUAGGACAAAUGAAUGUUAUUUUAUUCUAAGUGCAGCUUCUUUUAUACAAAAAAAAAUGGUGGAGGUUACAUACAUGAGAAGCGGAAUGAGUGUGUGCUAGUAUGAAGUUCCUUUGAAUUAUCAAUGAAGAACUUACGGCCUUAAUUUUGUUAAUAUUUUAUAUUGGUAUUUUAUUCGCAUUUUAUUAAGAAUUGUAAUAUUUAUGAUUUCACAUGACAGAAACAUCACUAUAGUGAAUAAAACGUU